CUUCUGGGUGUUUCCAUGGUGACAUCAGCAGACUGUCUCGCGCUGACGGACACGUACGGCGUCGCUAACGAACUGUAGCAGCGACUCUGGAUAAGCGACCCGAACAGUUCGGAAAGUAGAGCUCGGUAGGUUACGUUCUUGGAUCAAAACACUCUUGAGAUCCUGCAUAACUGAUCUCAUCAUGAACGUGUUUGACCGCACCAUCAACAUUGACGCUCUCUUCAGGUUCUCCCAAAUAUCUCACUCCACCCAGGUGCACCUGAAGAAUGUGUACUCCAGCUUGGCUGUCUGUAUGUUUGUGGCUGCAGCGGGCUCCUAUGUUCACGUUGUCACACGCCUCAUGCAGGGCGGAGUGUUAUCUGUGCUCGGCUCCCUGGCCAUGAUGUUCUGGCUCGCCAUGACGCCCCACAACCCUGAGACAGAGAAGAAGAGGCUGGGGAUCCUCGCUGCAUUUGCCUUCCUCACAGGCGUCGGCCUUGGCCCCACACUGGACUUUGUCAUCGCUGUCAAUCCGAGCAUCAUCGUGACGGCCUUCAUGGGAACCUCUGUGAUUUUCAUCUGCUUCACUCUCAGCGCUCUCUAUGCAAAACGCAGGAGCUACCUGUUCCUGGGAGGCACACUGAUGUCCGGCCUGUCCAUGCUCCUCCUCAUGUCUCUGAUGAACCUUUUCUUCGGAUCUUUGAUGUUGUUCAAGGCGCACUUGUACCUCGGGCUGCUCAUCAUGUGCGGCUUCGUCCUCUUUGACACUCAGCUCAUCAUCGAGAAAGCAGAGAACGGAGACAAGGACUACGUGUGGCACUGUGUGGACUUGUUCCUGGACUUCAUCGCAAUCUUCAGAAAACUGAUGAUCAUCCUGGCCAUGAACGAUAAGGACAAGAAGAAAGAAAAAAAGUAAACGCUGAAGGAGCUGUGGUAAAAUUAAAACCGGAAAAGGCACAAUUUGCAAUGCACUUGGUGCUUUUUUACUUUUUCCUUCUCUAACUCUCUUGUGGUCUUAUGGUUUAUUUUUUGUUUUUUUUUAUUUCUUUGACUUGUUUUUGAAUCUUAGAAGGGUUGAAUGUAAGUUUGUGGUACUUUGAUGGUAGCUUCCAUCGUGGCUGACUGGAGACGAGAACACUGCAGUGACCACGUUCGGCCUGCAGAGGGGAGCGUUGCCUCAUAUAGGCUUCAUACGUUUCUCUUUAGUGCCAUAAAUUAAAACAAUAGACUCUUUCUAAAGGCUCACAUAAGCUCCAGAAACUGAAUGGUUUAAUUUCGAUUUGAUUUGCUUAUUUAUAGGUUUCCUCGGUUGACUUUAGUGAAAUGUGGUAAGAUUAGUGUCCCAUGAAUUGGAGAAAAGAGCCUUUGAGUUUUUUCCCCUUGUUUAGUUCCAUCAAAUGUCUGUUUUGUGUUAAAAGAAUCAUACAGAAGACCUGUCAGACACCACUAAUCACAUUAAACCCAACCAGAUGGACAUUAAGUCACUGGAUGGACUGGUUCAUGCUUUCAGUCAUGGCGAGGAGCGAGACUGUGCCAUCUGUCCAUUUAUUUUCCUUUUCCAGCUUGUAUAACGGCGACAGGUCGGUUAGCUGGACCUCUUGUAAAAUUUCCCUAUAAUCUGCUGUUGAACCAUAACUCCGCCAAAAAAUGUUAACCAGGCAAUUUGGCAUCAGUCCAAAAUAACUUUUUUUUUCUUUUUUUUAGUGUAAACUGUGAAGAAUUUCUGUUGAUGUAUAAUGGAAACUACUAAUUUGAUACAUUUGCUCAAUAAAUGUGUUAAAC